AUGGUUCUUAUCGCAGCUGCUAGAGUUGCAUCAAAAUCUUCUUCGCGAACGGCUCGCGCAUUCAAUCCAGCUGAGCUUUCAUCGUUUAAAGAAAAGAAGCGUCAGCUGGAUUUUCCUCGAUUUUACAAUGCGGCUCCCACAUCUAUACUAUUUAUGAUUCUUCUCGGCUUUGUGGACGACGUCCUCGACGUCCCAUGGCGCGUGAAACUUUUGCUUCCUUCUUUCGCUGCUCUUCCCUUACUGAUGGCAUACGCAGGGCACACGACAAUUGUUAUUCCGAAACCUCUUCGAGCCUACCUCGAAAUGGAGGUGCUCGACUUGGGCGUGCUAUACAAAGUUUACAUGGGCCUGUUAGCCGUGUUUUGCACCAACGCUGUCAACAUUCUCGCCGGCGUGAAUGGACUGGACGUUGGGCAAACUCUUGUGAUAUCUUCUGCGAUUUUGAUUCACAACAUGAUGCAAAUCGUGAGUAGCUCAGACGCUGAUUACCAGCAAGCACACGCCUUCUCAAUUUAUCUCACACAACUGCUUGUUGGAGCGUCGCUUGGGCUGCUUUGUUAUAACUGGUAUCCAUCAUCGGUCUUUGUUGGAGACACUUACACGUAUUUUGCCGGGAUGACAAUGGCUGUAGCGGGCAUCCUCGGCCAUUUUAGCGAGACUCUUUUGCUUUUCUUCUUAGCACAGAUUAUUAACUUUGUUUACUCCAUUCCACAGCUCUUCAAAUGGGUGCCAUGUCCGAGACAUCGAUUACCAAGCUUUGAGCCGAAAACGGGGCUUUUAACCGGCAGUAAGGAUAUGAAUCUGGUUAACUUGUUCUUGAGAUGGUUUGGAAGAUGCACUGAGCAGCAACUGUGUAUCCGGCUGCUGAUUUUCCAGGGACUGUGUUCUGGAUUUUGUUUCCUCUUGAGAUUUUUAAUGGCAGGCUGGUAUAAAUGAUAA